UGAGGCCGUCCGCGCAUGGCCUCUCCACAGAUUUCUGUGAUCAGAAAACUGAUGGUCUUUACGUGCUCGAGCAAGAGCUUCAAUGGAUAAAGAACGUGCAACUGCGCACACGCGCACGCCCAAGCACGCAGAAGAAGCCAUUUGAUCGCCCCCCGGUCGUGCUCUAACGUAGCAUGGUUCAUAUGAUAGCUCCCAGCUGUCACCUCAUUUCGAGCGGCUGCUUCGCGCGAGGCCUGUUCCGCGACGCCAGCCUUAAACAAAGCGCCGGCGACGAUCUUGUCUGUCAAAUCGUUCGCUGCAGAGAGCUCCGGGAGAGAGAAAGAUGGCGGCGCGAGGGGAGAGGCGGAGUUCCCGCAUUACGGUGCGCGUUGUCGUCGCCGGAGGAAGCGGAAUUUGGAGGAAUUACGGGGUUGAGGACAGAGCGGAGAGACGACGGCGGCGGUGGACGGUUCGAGUAUCUUGUGAAGGCGCACGGAUGGGGAGCGAGGAGGUUGAUCGAAGACGGAGUCGAGAUGAGGGCGGUGGCUCGAAUCCAAGCCGAAGCCUUCCAUGAACCGGUGGCUCUCUUCAACGAUCUCUUCUUCCAGUUUUUCCAGGCAGAAGUGCUCGCCGGGCUCCUUUACAAACUCCGAAACUCGCCUUCAGACAGGUAUGCCUGCUUAGUGGCUGAGCCCACGGCGAGUGUUCCUGAGCACGAAGAUGGAGUGGUCGGAGUGGUCGACGUCACGGUGUUGAGUGAGGAGGCCGUGCUUCAGUACUUACCGGGAGCUGAAGAGUACCUCUAUGUGUCCGGCAUUGCAGUGUCCGAGAGCUUCAGGAGGCGGAAAGUGGCGACCGCACUGCUCAAAGCCUGUGAUGAGCUCUGCAUGGGAUGGGGCUACCUGUAUCUGGUGCUCCGAGCCCAUGAGGACGACUCUGGCGCUCGCACAUUGUAUGCAAACGCGGGGUAUAGAGUCGUGACAGGUGAUCCCGUGUGGGUCUCUUGGAUCGGGAAAAGGCGACGCGUCCUUAUGAUCAAGAAAAUCGGGUGAAUUGUAGCACGAAAUCCGACUGCCGUGCGCCAUUCGCCUCUGGAAAUUUUCAGAGUAACACAAAACAGAGGAGGAGAUAACAUUGAUUGUAUUCUGUGUGCAAUGGGCAUCCUUGCAACUUGGAGGGUCAAAAAACAGGAUGGUCCAGGGUAACUAUUUAGCACCCUACUCCAUCAAAUCCCAGAAAUCAAGUUUGAAUUGGAAAAUCACCACAAACUUUUAGAAUAUUUCCGAAUUCGACCCGAAAAACAUGUAUCUAUCUCAAUUGAUCCCCCCUGUUCUAACUUGUGAGGACGAUGUGGUUUUGAUGGAUCAUAAUGUUGAAAGACGCAUUGUUGUUUC